GAACUCUAAGUCCGCCACAUUCUCUAGAAGUGAUUCAUCAAACAAUGGACUACGUAUCUUUGAAAUGGCAAGCACCUUUUCAUGUGCCAGCCAGUUCUUCUCUCAGCUAUAUCGUUCUCUACCAACCAGCCAAUGCUAGCCGAGAAAUAGAAGAUUCUCCUUUCCGCCAGGCUACUGUUAAUAACUACAUCACACUAGAUAAUCUCACUGUAAAUACCCAAUAUGCCAUCGCAGUCAGAGCCAGAUCUAGACAUGAAGAAAGUCCUUUGUCUGAAAUUAUCUUGGCUUGGACAGAUCCUGCUAUUCCAGCCUUUCUCAAUCCUCCGGUAGUUGUACCUCCAGAGACAAUAGUCGAAGGCGCUAAUGUGACUCUUUUGUGCGUAGCAACGGGUAUGCCCGUUCCUACAGUAUCAUUAUUCCUAAACGGAGAGCUUAUGGUUCAACAGCAGCAGAGUCAUGUAGCUCUUGUUGUUCCCAAUAUUCAACAUAAUAUAACAAAAGUAGAAUGUUUUGCAGAUAAUGGACUUGGCCAAGGUGCUCAAAGCUCGACGUCACUGGAAGUGCAUUUCAAGCCUCAUGCUGAAGCAUUAGAUAAGCGAAUUCCUGCAGAAGAAGGAAGCUCAGCAACAGUUAGAUGUCUAGUUUCAGGGCAUCCUGAGCCGCGAGUUCUCUGGUACAAAGACAGCAAAUCGAGAGAUCCUUUAACUAAAGGUCCUGAAUAUGAUUUGGCCAUGAAACCUUAUAAUCAAAAAUUAUAUACAUAUCUUGCAACACUCACGAUACCUCAAGUGACAACUGUUCACGAAGGACAAUAUUUCUGUUACGCUGAAAACCAAUAUGGAUAUGACCGAGUAUUUGUAAACUUGGAUGUUUUACCAAAACUUUACAGUAAUGCCUCUGCCUGCUGUCAAGAAAAAGGUGUCAGUGAUGAAUGUCAAGAAGCCUGUAACAUCGACAUCGAUAUUCAGACAGCUCUCAAUAAACCUAAUUGCUUCAAAGAUCUUGAUAAACUCAUGUAUUGCGCUGCAGAUGGCAGUGAUCAUCGAAAAUGCUGCAGAGAUAAUGGAAUUCAAAGAAGCUGUCUAAGAUGGUGCCAGGGUCGGCCUAUCAUCAAUACUCAUUUAUGUAUAUUACAUGCGUCUAAAAUCGUCAGCUGUUUUGAAGAAGGAAAAGCAAUACUGCCUGGACCUCCGCAGAACAUACAGUACCAUAAGAUUGGACACAAUAUCCUAGAAAUUACAUGGGAUACACCACAGAAGAAUCCAAAAGUCGUACAAUGGUAUAAGGUUUUCUGGAGACCUGUCGGAUCGAAAUUAAUGUUCAGGAAUCACACUAAACAACGAUCCAUCUCUUUGCACGAUUUGGAACCUGGUACCACAUAUGAAGUAGUAGUGAAGGCAGGAAAUCAUUAUGGCAUCAGCUUGCAUUCCGAACCUCUCACUUUUACGAUCACAGAUGCUGAAGGCAAUGUGAUACCAGAGUCAGCAAGUUAUUCUACUAAUCCUGUAGCAAAAACUGCUGCAGCUGUUAUUGGUUCAGCACUAUUCCUGGUUCUUGUUGGAGGAUUAGGUAUAUUCUUUUAUCAAAGACAGCGUCUUAUGAAACCUCCUCCUGGUAUUUCUCCAGGUGUUUCUUUUGAAAAUCCUACUUACAUGAAGGACAGUGUUCCACAGCAAAACAACAGCACUUCAGGAAGACCAACAGAACAAGUAAAUGGUGACACCAAAAGAGAAACUGAAACAUGAUGCCAAUGGCUAUUGAAUUCUUGUAAAACUCAUAAACAUCUAAGAUUUUCAGCUCAUGAUAUAUGUCACUUUAGACAUGAAUAAUGAAGACCCAGAAUCCUGGUAGUUGCUAAUAUCAAGAAUUUAAAAGUGAUGAAAUUGAGGUGAUUUUCUGCCUAUUUAUCAAAAGAAAAUCAUUUUCUGAUUUCACAUACUUCAGUAUAACAUGUCUGCAUAUUUAAAGUUAUCCCUGGUGAUACAGUAGCUGAUGUCUUUGUACUGUUCUGUAAAACUGUGAAUGUAAUAUUUUUAUAUACAUAUUUUCUGUAAAAUUUGUAAUUAUGCAGCUUAACUUACACAAUUCUCUUAUAAAUAGUUUAAAUUCUACAGUAUUUUCAAUUCAUAAAUCAGUGGACAUUAUAACCAUUUAUCUAAACACUUAAUUUAAUUAUUAUUUAUUUCAUAAAAGUUCACUCAUGCAGUUUUCCAAAAUAGCUGGAAUUAAGAAAAUAAAAUACAUUUCCUAAGACUAGUUUAAUGCGAGACAUUAAUUCUUGCUUUUUUGCCAUCACUCGUAUUUUCAUCUUACUAAUAUCAAAGAUGUAAAUAUUUUUUAAAUGAAGAUGAUUUGUGGACUUGCAAUAUAUGUUUUAGUAUAAUGUGUAUACAUAUCCCAUAGUUCUUUGACAGAUAUCAAAUGUGCUAAAAUUCUGAAACAAGGCAUGCAUUUUUACCCUGUAAAUAUAAUAUACUAUUAAGACAAUUAAUAUAUGAUUAAUAUGCAACUUAUUAUUGCUUCAUUCAGUCAAAUAUUUCCAUACAUCAAGAAAAUCUCAAAAUAAAAUAUCUACUUAUCUUAAAACAUGAAAUCUACCUUUUUGAAAACAUGAACCCUUAAACUAACAUUUAUUUUUGACAAAAAAUAAAUAAAUAAUAAAAAAUCUAAGACAUUUAAGCAUUUUAAAAAUUUGAAGAAUAUGAUAGAUAGUAAAUUUAUCCUUCCAUUUCACUUAGAAUAAGAAUUUUCCUCAUAUUCUAAUAGUUAUGAGAUAAAUACAGUAAUAAAUUUUUAAUUUGGUAUUUGUGUAAAACUCCAUACAGUGAGCCUAAGCUUUUUACAAUAUUAUUCCUAAAUAAGAAAAUUUUCAAUACUGAAAUUUACUUAAAAUAUGAAUUGGGGAAACACUGACAUCAAAUUUUUGGAAAUUCAUAAAAAUCCCGCAGAUGUGUACAUUAUAUAUGUAUAUAUAUAGAGAGAAAGCAGUUUUAAAGCUGGGUAUUAGGCAGAUAAACUUUAAACAAGAGAAAUAAAGUGAAAAGAGAACAAUUUUGAUUUCAUAUUUUAUUCAUUAAAGAAAAUAAUUUCUAUUUAUUUGAUUAAUACUUUCUGUACAAACAAACUGCAGAUUUUGUCAUAUGUAAAUUAACAGUUUUAUUAUCCACAAACCAGGAAAUUACAAUGAAUGCAGUACAUAAAAAAGAAUUUAGGGAUGCACUAAAAAUUCUAAAAGGCAUUCUGAAUAAUUUGUUUAGCACAUCUAAGCAAAUAUACUAAUUAACUAAGUUAAAUAUAUCAUAUGCAAUUUAAAUGUCAUCAGUUUAUCAUUUAAAUUAAGGACAAUAACUGCUACAGAAAACUUCCCAGUAUAGGUAAUUCCUAAUAAAAUGGAACUAAAGAGCUACACAAAAUUAAAUGAACAUACAAUGAAUGAAUAUACAAUUCAUAAAUAAUUUUCUAAAUAAAUUACAAAAUGUUAUUUUCCACUUAUGUUAUGCUUUACUUAAAGCCCACACUUUAAAAUUAAAUUUAGUUCUUCUCAGUAACUUAACUGAAAUUAUGGAGCCAAACAUCCCAAUAUUAAAAUUAUGUCAUAACACAUUACAAAUAAAAUCCUACUCGACCAAAAAAAAUUAGACAUUAACUUCUAAAGAGUUUUUAAAAAAUUAAUAUUUCAAUUAAAUACUUACAAGCAUUCAAAAGAAGACUAAAGGACUAUUUAACACCAUCCCUUCCCCGUCCAAAAAACUGGUGACAAAACAUGCUUAAAUAUAACAAAGUUGCCUUUUCUCCAACACAGAUGCUUCUAGUCACUCAAAAACACAUAAUAAUAAUUCAGAUAAAAUGUAGUGGAAUUUUUAUUAUAAUCAAAAAUUGUUUACAUAUUUUUAUCAUAUACUGUACUCAUACAUUUAUCUAAGAAUACUACUGACUGGUUAAACAUUUAAGUAAGGCUCUGUGUAAUAUAUCUCUAUAUAUCAAAGUCGAAGUGUAAAUGCAUCCAAUUGUAAAUAAAAAUUAUAUUUCAGAAUAA